UGAUUGGCAGAGCUAACUCGAAAUUUCGAGUUAUUUUUCUCAUAAUUUCGAGUUACUAAAUCGAAAAUUCGAGUUGCUAACUCGAAAUUUCGAGUUACUAACACGAAAUUUUGAGAAACUAAGUCGAAAUUUCGAGAAAAUAAGUCGAAAUUUCGAGUUAAGUAUCGUUUUUUUUUUUUUAGUGGCGGAAACGGGCUUCCAUACAGCACAGCAGCAGAGCGACACACUAUGACAUACAUUGAGACUGCAGCCACUGGUUGGAAUGAAACUCCUGAGUUAACUGAAGUCAUAUUUGUAAAUGGUCAGGGGUUCGUGCAUUAUAAGAGCAGCUUGAAGAAGAUGGUACCCAAGACUGAGUGGAUUGAGAAAACUGUAGAUCCUGAAUAUUGGGAAAGAGAGAGACAGAGAAACAUACACAAUGAGCAAGCGAUCAAAGCACACGUCGUCUGGCUAAUGGAGCGUUUGAAUCAGACUAGUGGUGUUCACAUUUUGCAGUGGAUGUACGGCUGUGAGUGGAACGAAGACACAGAAGAGGUGACUGGAUUUGAGAUACUUGGUUAUGAUGGAAGAGAUCAUGUUGCAUUUGACCUGAAGACAGAGACAUAUAUUGCUUCAGCACCUCAGGCUGUUAUAACCAAACAUAACUGGGACAGAGACAAAACUCGCAUAUCAUACAAGAAGUACUUCCUCACACAGGAGUGUGUUGACAAACUGAAGAACUUUGUGAACUCUGGGAGGAAAUCUCUGAUGAAAACAGUUCCUCCCUCAGUGUCUCUCCUCCAGAAGUCUCCCUCCUCUCCCAUCAGCUGCCACGCUACAGGAUUUUUUCCUAACGUGGCUGAGAUGUUCUGGAGGAAAGAUGGAGAGGAGCUUCAUGAGGAUGUGCACAAAGGAGAGAUCCUCCCCAACAAUGAUGAGACCUUCCAGAUGAGUGUUGAUCUGAAACUUUCAUCAGUCAAACCUGAAGACUGGGAGAGGUAUGAAUGUGUGUUUCAGUUCGGUGGUGUCAACAAGGAGAUCGUCACCAAACUGGACAAAACAAAAAUAAAGACCAAUACAGGUCCUUCAGGGUUUCAUGUUGGUGGUGUUAUCGGAGGUGUUAUCGGAGGUCUUGCGGUUCUUCUCCUGGCCGUCUGUAUCGGAAUCUAUUUCAAGUUACGAGGAAAUGCUUCUGAUACUGUGACAUGAAGAUUCAGACUCAAAAGUAAUUAAAUCCUGAUGGGAGCAGUAAAGAGUAGACAACCAUCUCUGAACUGAGGAAGGACCUAAGGGUACAGCUGUGAUUGCAGCCCCGACUCUCUGUGAAUGGUGCUCAUGACUACUGAGCAAAGGUCAUGACUUAAUAGCAAUCAUAAAACUGACCUCGUGGCCCAUUGCUAGUCAGUGGUGCUAAUUCCAGUCAUUAUGCAAAUGUUCUGUUUAUAAGGUUAUAAGUUUACAAGUCACUUGAAUGAGCGACGAAAUGUUUCUCCCACUGAAAACGCUCCGUCCAGAUGAACAGAAUCAGUGAUUUUGUGUUUUUCACUCAGAAAUUGCAACAAUCACAGAUGUAGAUCCUAAAUUAUUUAAACACAAGGACAUUUUUGGGACAUUUGUCUAUGAUGAGAAGUUGGUUUCUUUUUUCUUUUUAUGCUUCUUUUGUCAUUUUGUUUUGGAUCUGUUAUAAUUUAUAUACUUUAUAAUGUUAUCUUUUAUAAGAAAAGUUUCUUUUCAAGAAUGUUCUCCUCCAAAUUAAUUUAUUUCACACAUUUUGUUAAGCUCUGUGAUUACAGACAUCAUAGAGCUGCGAUUAUUAAUGAAAUCCUUGCACAAUGUAUGAUAUUCAGAACUUGUACAGAUUUUAUAUAUAAAAUCAUUCGUAGAACAGUAAACAGUGGACGGAUUCUAUGUUAUAUUUAUUUAUUAAUUUAUUAUUAUUUAAUAAUUAUAUCAGGCAACUGAGGACAUGUUUAAACUGAAUCCUACUGACUGAGAUUCUUCUAGACCACAGUGGUAUAAUUUUUUGUCAUAUCUCACAGUUUUUCCCUUUAAAAAAAAAUCAUUACAUUUUUUUAAUGAUUUUGUCACAUCAUUAUUUUCUGCAUCUACUAUAAAAAAUAUAAAGUUUUCGGGGUCUCUGGGAAUUCCAGUCAAAAGCAUCCAAUUCCACUUGUGCAAUUUUAAUAAAUGAAACCAUUCAUUCACUUAAUAUUUGCCAUGAGUCCUACAUGAAAGUGAUACGUCAGAGGAGUGUGAGAACUCAGACAUUUUAAAGAGCAAAACUCUUGGAUGCCGUCGUUCAUACUAGAAGUUCGGUGGAGACGUCACUGGAUCUACUUGAGACAGCUGCUCUGUGUGCUGGAUGUUUCACAUGAAGAGCAGAUGCUGCAACAAUGCAGGUUAUAAUCCAAGAAACAUUGAUCCUCCUGGAAGUUAGAAAACUCCACCAGCUGAUGUGACUUUCCAAGGAUUUGCUUAAAGGUCUUCUCAAAAGAGGUGUUAACUUUACAUGACCAUGCCCUGAGGAAAGCAUGAAUCAAGCUGUAUGAUAUAACUGCCUGUAGUGUGCGUUUAGCCGCAGCUGUUCUUAGUUGUUUCUGCUCCAAACACAAUCAUGUAGCUUUAGCAUUGCCAGCAGAUUGUUUUCAGGUUUGUUCCUGGUGGGAGCUGGUCUGCAGUGUACUGAAGAGUCAAACUACUGUUAUUUUGAUGAGCUUUUAUUUAAGUAUGGAUAAUAUAACUCCAAUUUUAAAUGUGAGCACAAAAAGAUGUUGGUGCAAGUUAUGGAGACUUUACUAGGCUGAGAAACCCAAAUAAACAUUUCAGAGAGAGCAACACCGUACAAGGGAGUUUUUCCUUCCCACUGUCGCCAAAGUGCUUGCUCAUAGGGGGUCAUAUGAUAUGAUUGUUGGGGUUUUCUCUGUAUUUAUUAUUGUGCUAUCUACUGUACAAUAUAAAGCGCCUUGAGGCGACUUUUGUUGUGAUUCGGCGCUAUAUAAAUAAAAUUGAAUUGAAUUGAAUUGAUAAAAGCAAGAAUGUCCUCGUGUCGCCCUCACCUGUAGACUGUCUUCUCUCGCCACAGCAUCGGCGGUGCUCAGGUCCCUCCUCACAGAUGCUCAUAGAUCUCUGUACUACCCAUCCAAUAAUAUCAUUGAUGUGAAUGUUUUAAUAUUUUUCAAUAAAAUAUCUGAUCUGGUCACAGCCCCGAAAAACACCAAAAUGUCCUGGGAUUGAGACAAAUUCAUAGCCUAAAUUGUUGUUUAUAAGAGAUAGAGAUUAUAUUGUUUAUUAAAUGUAUAUAACAAAUGUAUGAUAACCAACGACAAUAAAAAUUAUUUAA